UGGGAGCUCCAACCCUCCCCAAUGAAGCAGUUCUGGUGGGUCCACUUGGCUCCACUCGGCCUGCUUGCUGUGUGGACAUGUGCUUGGCCGGUCCAUGGAUGUGGGCCGGGGCCUGGGUAUGGAAUGCGUUCCAGGCCCAGGAAACUCACAGCCAUGCACUACAAGCAGUUCUUCCCCAACUUCUCAGAAAACAACAUCGGGGCCAGUGGGAGAGCAGAGGGCAAGAUCACACGCAGCUCUGAGCGCUUCAACCAGCUGGUGUGCAACUACAACCCUGAUAUUGUGUUCAAGGAUGAGGAGAACACCAGUGCAGACCGCUUCAUGACUAAGAGAUGUAAGGACUGUUUGAACAGGCUGGCCAUUGCAGUGAUGAACCAGUGGCCUGGGGUGCACCUGCGUGUGACGGAGGCCUGGGAUGAAGAUGGUCACCACCCUCAAGGCUCUCUGCACUACGAAGGCCGAGCUGUGGAUAUAACCACAGACGACAGGGAGACGGAGAAGUACGGCCUUCUGGCUCAGCUGGCUGUAGAAGCAGGCUUUGACUGGGUGUACUAUGAGUCCAAGCAUCACAUCCACUGCUCGGUAAAAUCAGAUAAGUCAGAAGCUGUGGAGAGAGGUGGUUGUUUUCCGGGCUGGGCACGGGUGACUCUUGCUGGAGGACAGCAGAAGAGUCUGUCAUCUGUGACCCCUGGGGACAAGGUCAUGGCUCUGUCUGAAACGGGCCAGGUCGUGUUCAGCCAAGUGCUCUCGUUUCUGCACCAGAACAAAGAAAGCUGGUCCACCUUUCUGUCUUUGGAGACAGAAGAUGGCCACAGAUUGGUUCUAACUCCACAUCACUUGGUCUUUUUGGCCCCUGAUUUCAGAUGUGGUGGUAGUGAGUACCGGGCUCAGUUUGCUAGCAGGGCUAAAGCCAGAGACUGUGUCCUCAUCAGCACUGCAGGUGGCCUAACACGACCGUCACAGAUUGUGUCAAUUUCAGAGACUGAAAGCAUGGGAGUGUACGCCCCCUUGACAGAAGCUGGAACUCUGUUUGUUGAUGGAGUGCUGGUCUCCAGCUACGCUCUGCUGGAGAACCACAGACUUGCACACUGGGCUUUUGGACCUUUGCGGCUGCUCCACCCACUAAACCAGCUACUGUGGGGGGAGAUGGUGAAAGAAAGGCAGACGGAAGCAUGCACCGAGACUGAAACACAUUUUAGCACUUUGAGCACAAAGAACAAAUCAUCGAUAAAUGAAGAGAGCUUACUGAUCAAUAAAGACAAUCUUAGUGAAGCUGUCAUGGCAAAACCUCAAGAGGUGCGACCCCUCGAAAGACAGAUGUCAGAUGUUCACUGGUAUGCCAGAUUCCUCUACAGAGUUGCAUGCAUCUUCUUAGAUGCCAGCAUAUUUGAUCCUUAAAAUCCAAAUCUACAGACUGUAAAUCACACUAUAGCUGUGAUCCAUCCAUGUUUUAUUUUUUUAAAUAAGAAAAACACACUGGAAUGGCUUUUUACACUACUGCUUAUAUUCUAAUUUUCUGUAAAGAUCAACUUGGAAUUACUUUCAAUCUUUAGGAAUUGUUAAAGCGUCAGAACUGAGCUGGUUAAUGGCAAAAUAACUGUAAAUUAAUAUUUUUAUUCCUGUCAUUUAUUAUUGUUCUGAUAAAAAAAUGUACAAACAUAUUUCCUGUACAACAGAAUUUUUAUUUUUGUACUUCAUGAAUCAUAAUAUAUAAAGGUUGCAUUUAUUAAAAAUAAUUCCACA